UUUUGCUGCGUGUCUCAAUUGAGCUAAGCGCGUGCGAUCAUAAUCAAUACAAUUAAUAAAUUUAUUAUAUAAUACCUUUUGCGCUUUAUCAUUGAAUGCAUCACACAAAAGUAUUUGAUAAUAAAGACAGAGUAUUCAUUAAUUGAUGACUGUGAUAUGGAAUGGGAAAGAACUCUACCGUUUCAUGAUUUAAUUAUAUAACCACGUGUCAGACACUGUGUAGACUUCUUUUCAGCAUGUAGUGAUGUUAUGUCGGAUGUGCUUUAUUACGCUCAUAUGUUUUCAUUAUGCUGAUGCUGCACUUGUUUAAAUGGCACGUAUCUUAAUAGGAUAAUGCCUGGAUCAAUAGACUUGAUAGUGUCUACAGCGUACAUUGGAGUCACGACUUGGAUAGCGUAUUGGCUAAGGCUGUAUGCGCUAUUUUAUCUUGAUUCCUAUCCCCUUACGAGGACUUUGGUCCUAGAAUUCAUAGCUACGGCUGAACUUUGCGGGGCAUGUUUCGAGCUAAUUAUAAUUGCGGACAACUGGGGAGUAUGGAUGUAUGCACUUUAUUUGUUUUUGCUAACGAUUUGGUGGUCGAAAAACUGGGAUGAAGCUUCGGCAUGUCCCUACACACACAUGGAGGAUGUAAUAAUAAGUAAAAAACCCCUGACCGUCGCGUUUCUGUCGAUAUGCGCCGAGUUGGCCGGCGGUCUUAUUAUAUUUAAGUACAUCCAAAUAUUGUGGGCGUUCCAACUCGUUUCUACGCACAAGAACAGAGCCUAUGACGAUUGCACUACAGAUUUACAGGUUUCCGUGCUAACUGGAGCGCUUGUGGAAUGCGUUGCAACAUGCAUGUGCAGGGUGGUAUCCCGCGUGUUGAGUGACCUGAAUCCGAGGUUUAGUACGAUCAUUGACGCCUUUGUAGGGACAUCUUUGGUAGUUGCAGCUUUCAGUUAUACCGGCGGUUAUUUCAAUCCUGCAUUGGCGACUUCUUUAAAAUAUGGUUGUCUGGGGACCUCGUCUCUGGAACAUGUGAUAGUUUAUUGGAUUGGUGCGUGUGUUGGAUCUCUCGCUUCCUUGCGCGUCUACCGUAUGCCGUUUGUACAAAAUUUCAUUCAACUGCAGGAAAAUACAGAUGUUGUGUAUUCUUAGAUAAAAUUCAAUAGUUUCAAGGGAA